AUGCUCAUCAAUCUCAUUUUUGGGCUUUUUUAUCUUAGUAUUAUAAACGAUUUUGAGCUGGGGUAUAGUGUUGCCAGAAAUCUAACCGGCUUCCAGUAUUAUGACAGCGGUUCCCAGCUUAUUUAUCUGGCCCCAGGUGGUUCUAAUAUACUAGGAUCAUGGGGCACCACUUAUCUUCCUUUUGUUAAAGAUCCUAAUCUUGAUUAUUGCAUGAAUUCGUCCGUCAUUCCUCCACGAUCAAAUUCUCCUGAUGCUGGACCUUAUGGUUUAACGACAGUUACUAUUUACGACAUUCCAAAAUAUACAGUCCCCGUAGCCAUUGCCCCAUAUGUUGAUAGUCAAUGCGCAAACGCCUUUGCUGACCAGGCCUCUGCCGACAAAGCCAAAGUUCUCAUUUUUGUUAAUGAUCAGAAUGUCAAUGCUUCGACUCUUUUAAAUGCACCUUCGGGCUCAGGCGCUCUUGGGUACUCAAUGAUAUCGACAUCAAUUGCCACUGGCUCUAAUAUACUUUACGCCAUGGUGAAAUUUCGCACAAAUGAAACAACCUCUAUAUCACUUGACCCAGCAUUAAAUAGUACUAUACCGCGAAUUGGUGUUGAGUUUCUGAAUCAAAAUGGAAAUGGUCUCUCAAAGUUAUGGAUAGCUAUUCUCUCUGUUCUUGCUGGAAUUCUGGUUUUUUUCAUUACUAUUUCCCUUACACUCAACCUUAUUCAACUCCGCCGCAGAAGAAACUUACGACAGCGCAUAGUCCGUGGCGAGGUUAAUCUCGAGGUAAUGGGCGUUUCCAGAAUGACAGUUCCCACUUACAUUUUAAAUUCUCUUCCUAUUCGUACAUACAAGUAUGGUGAGAUGCAUUUUUUGACAGAAGAUGAGCGGAGGAAUCUAAAUACGGCAAAGACUGUGACAUCGACUGAUGUUCUCACAGCCCGGUCUGAAAACUCUAAUGAUAAAAAUUUCGUCGCUGCCGCUUCGACAAAUGAUGAUACAAAAUCGAGCUUUGAGUCUGUCGACGAGCCAAAAUCCCGCAAGAACGUUUUACAAACCAUUAAUAGUAUUUCAGAAGAUGAUGAUGUGAGUAAAGUUGCAAAAUCAGCACCAUUCGGCAGAGUUCUAUCCUCGGACAAUCUAAGCGCAGUUCUUGAUUACUCAACGACACUCUCAGAUGAAGAAACUGCGGGACGGAAAGUCGGACCGGAAACAAAGGUGGUAGGAACCUGUGGGGGCAGCGGCUCCAACACUAACCUAGACGAACAAAACGGGAACACCCCUACAACAAGCCACGCGAGUAACGCCGCACCCCACACAAAACCCACUAAAUCACUACUCAUUGACAAUAAUGAAGAUGAAGAUGAAACAAAUUCUUUAUCUGCAAAGAAAAUCCCCAAAAAGAAGAGAUAUGGAUUUCAUCGCGUUAAUUCUGACGAUGAGCAGAAUGAGGAGCACAUUUAUAACCAAAUAUCAUGUCCUAUUUGUUUAGAAGAUUUUGUGGAUGGCGAAACUGACAUCCGCGAGCUUCCGUGUCGCCACAUCUACCACAUGGAAUGUAUCGACCCAUUUUUGCGAACACGCUCAAGUUUAUGUCCACUCUGCAAGGUGUCAGUGCUACCUCCAGGUUACAUUCCUCGUGACUUGAAACUCACUUCUGCAACUAUUCGACGAGAGCGUAUUAUGGCUCGUCGUGCGGGGCGCACAAGGGACCUGGAGCAUGGGCAAGCCAACGAUACAGAGCAGCAGCAACGACAACAAGCGUCUCGUGGAUUCUGGAGCCGUAAUUUUUUACGAAGAGAUCAACAAGAUAAUGGUUAUGUCGAUGAGCAAAAUAAUAACACCAAUGAUAGCUCGGAAAGUCACGGACAAAGUAUGUCUAUGCAGACUUUUAACAGAAUCCGGCGCCCUUCAAGGGCUGUGACACAGCCACCAAGAAAUGACUCUACUAAUCGACCUAGUGGACGGCGGCUACGUGCUAACUUAAAUGACAUCCCAUCUUCAAACCCGGUAGAGGAUGUGACGAUAUCGCCAUUUCAAAUGUUGUUUAGACGACUCUUUCCCCACUCCUAA